CUGUCACCUUCUUUUAAUCCUUACACCUCAUUCCUUGGACAACUGAGAAAAAUAUCCAGAAAACACUUAUCAAAAGGACUUGUCUCUCUAUCUUUUCUUUCUUUCUUUCUUCCUUUCUUUUUUUUUAUUGUUUUCCUCUUUCACUGUUUCUCUUCACUCACCUCUUUACUUUUUUCUUAAAGCGUUCCAACACUGGGGAGUGUUCCUUGCACUUUUUUAAACUGCCGCGCCUCUUUCUCGAGCCUUUUUUGAGUCUUUUCCGCUUUCUUUCUCAUUCCAAACUCGAAUUUGCUCUUAGCCCACCUUCACCGCGCUAUUUUUGUAUCUUUUUUUACUAUCAUUUUUUCUCUCCGAAACAUCGCUUCCCUUUAACCUCUUUGGCACCCUAACUCUCGUUCAGAACCAUGUCUAUCGAAACAGAUAUCAGGCGUGAUGCCAACCCUACGCCUACACGGUUUCUCUUGGAGUGUGGAGCCUUCACACCUGGAUUUGGCCUCAGCCUAGAGAACUAUAAUCCAUUUGACGCCAGCAUGAAGAUUUUCAAUACAGGGACUCCAAAGGCCGAACUUAAUCCUUUCGACUCUUCUUUUGUGGUUCCAUCUUCCUUGAAUAAUAAACCUGGCAUGCUUCAAAGCGACAAUCAAAAAAAUAACCAUACAGAACGCCAUUCAUGGGGAAAUACGUUUGACGACGCAGCCAUGCCUAUGCCGCAAAUGUCUCCAGGACUUUCUCCUUCAUCCUCUUCAGCAAGCUCCUCCCCUUCCCCCCCAAUUCAAUCCCCUCCUCCUCAGACAAUUUCGUUGAGUGAUUUCCACGUUUCUAUGCCUUUCGACCACGAUUCACGCACUUUUACUUAUGAUCACCCUAUCUUUGAACCCCUUCCACAGAAAAAGCAGUACUCGAGCGUGCCUCGUUAUGAAUACCCUUCACGCGCCUCUUCGUCAUCUCCUAUUCGCGAAACUCUUGCUCCUAAUGAAAUUCUUAAUGACCAUCAAACCGUACCACAGGCAGAGACGCGUCUUUUUGAAGAUGAAGACGGCGGAAAUUAUAGCGAGCGCUCCCACGACGUUGAGGAGCACGACGAGCAUGAUCAAGAGUUGGGCGCGGCUAUGUCAGCGCUUGACAUGCGCCGCUAUUCUGUUAUGAGUGAUAUCCAGCAAUCAGUUGUUGAAGAGUCAUCGAUUGCUCAAAACAAGACCUCCAAGGCCCUUAGGGCCGCUUCAAAAGCAAAGAAAUCAUCCCCCACAGCAGCAGCUGAUGGCGGUAAUGCUCGCAAGGCCAAGAGCACGGCUACCAAAUCUCGUAAGCGUUCCUCUAUGGAGGAAGAGUCGCCAGAGUUGAAACGUCAGAGAUUCUUGGAGCGUAACCGUAUGGCUGCAUCCAAAUGCCGCGAAAAGAAGAGACUUCAGACUUUGAAGACUAUUUCGGAUGCUGAUGAGAUCACUGCACGCAAUCAAGCUCUACACGAAACACUAGAUCAACUUCAAGAGGAGGUCCGUCGACUGAAGAAUCAGAUCCUCUGCCACCGUGAUUGUGGAUGUGAUGUGAUUCAGAAGUUUGUGCGGACAAGCUUAGAUUUUUCUUCACCAGCCAUGGUUGCAGUUCCUCCUACAAUGCCUUAUGGUAUGCCCGUUGCACCAGUAUCAUCUAUGCAGCCUUAUUAAUGAUAUAUUUGCCGACAUGACACGAUACGAUACGAUACGAUACGAUACGAUAAUGAUACAAAAAAAAUAGCUAUGAAUUACGACCAUGCCAUCUUGUCAUUUUUUACCAUUUCUUUCCCUUCCCUUAAUAGCUUUUUUCCCUUAUUUUUUUUUUUACCUUGUUGCUUUUUCUUUCUAUUCUACCAGUGUAUUAUAUUUCAUUUGCAUUUUGCCUUCCUUUUUAUUGCACACUAUGUACAUAUCAGGAACGCC